CCCACACACACUUAUGAUCUACGCGGAGUAGAAUAUAAAGUUUGGGCUGCUCCAUGUAUAUUUAAUUCCUCGUGGCGACUUUCCAUAAUUUGAAUCUUUUCCCCAUAUUCAACCGUUGUAGUCGCAUCUCCCAUAAUCAACCCAGCGUCAUAAUGCCUUUACCGAAGAGCGAGUAUGUCUCGAACGUCUGGAGAGAUGGCAUUUUCGCCGGAAAGGUUGUCUUCUGCACCGGCGGCGCAGGCACGAUCUGCUCUGCUCAAGUGAGAGCCCUCGUCCACCUCGGAGCCAACGCCGCCAUCAUCGGUCGCAAUGUCGAGAAGACCGCGGCAAUGGCAAAGGACAUCGAGACGGCGCGUAAGGGAUCGAAGGUCAUCGGCCUUGGAGGAGUGGAUGUUCGCAGCUUUGAGAGCCUGACAAAGGCGGCCGAGCAGACCGUCAAGGAGCUCGGCGGUAUUGAUUAUGUCAUUGCCGGCGCAGCAGGCAAUUUCCUGGCCCCCAUCACUGGCCUUUCCACCAAUGCUUUCAGGACAGUCAUGGAAAUCGACGUCGUCGGCUCCUUCAACACUUUAAAGGCCACCCUCCCAUACCUCCUCGAGUCCGCCGCAGAGAAUAAGAACGAUGGCAAGAACCCCAACACUGGUGGUCGCAUAAUAUUCGUCUCGGCGACUCUACAUUACUCCGGAACACCAUUCCAAACCCACGUCGCAGCUGCCAAGGCGGCGAUCGAUGCUCUUUCGGCGAAUGCCGCCAUUGAAUUCGGACCAAGAGGUAUCACCAGUAACAUCAUCGCCCCAGGGCCUAUCGGUGGUACUGAGGGAAUGGAAAGGCUGGUUGGCACAGAAGGCAUGGAGGCUUCCAAAGCUAGUGUCCCUCUGGGACGCUAUGGCCUGGUGAAGGAAGUUGCCGAUGCCACCGUGUAUUUGUUUAGUGAUGCUGGAAACUUUGUCAAUGGCGACCUGCUGGUUGUUGAUGGAGGGAGCUGGAGGACGUCCAUGAACGGGCUCGGCGGCGACAUGUCCUACCCUCGCAAUGUGUUGACAGGUGAGGUUCCCAAGGGAGUGAAAUCAGGCAGAAAGACGAAAUUAUAGAAGACAUCUGGUGUAUAAUAUUUGGGCAUUUGUAGUAUAAUCUUCGUGCAAGAUGGUGAUACUGUAGAUUCCGGAAAGAAGCAAGUAUAUAGAUUUAUAGCCAAAAGCUUCAAGGAGU